CUACCACCACUCACGUUUGCGGGGGGGCCGUCAAGCAUGGCUAAACGCAAGCGCGGCGCGUUACGUCAUGUCCUUCCUCAUCCCGUUAUGCCGCCAGUCAAGCUGGAGACGUUUGAGCAUUGUCGCCCUCUGUUUCGAUGCGAAAGGACACAAGAGAUAUUGUUUCUCACUUGCAGCAACUCAGGGAAGCUCGAGAAGCGCGGUAUAUUCAUGCGGGGCAUUCAUGAUCAUUGCACAUGGGUGGCAUGCUCAAACCGGCCCUGUGGCUUUCAAGCGUGAGCUGCGCUAGCAUUCACCGCAAAAUGGGAACCCACAUAUCGAAAGUGAAGAGCUUAACGCUGGACUCUUGGACGAAGGAGCAGGUCGAGUUCAUGAAAUCGAAAGGCAACGUUAAAUCAAAUGCGCACUAUAACCCCGACGAAGUUAAGCAUCCGCCGCCGACGAACAUGAUCGACUCGGAGCGAGAUAGCGACUUGGAGAAGUAUAUCAGAUCCAAGUAUGAGUAUAAGUCAUUCGUGUCCAAGUCGUCCCAGGUUGCCGCUCUCCUCGGCCCGUCUAGGUCCAGUGCGAGCAGAUUAUCGCCCGCGCCGACUCCUCCCCGCUCGCAGACGGUCCCUGCGCCGACUCCGUCAACCACCACCGCAAACAGAAGUAUUGCGACUCCUUCCCUUCCUGCGUCUGCACCCGCCCCCGCCCCCGCCGCUGUCAGCAAUCUCGCCAAGACACAGUCCCAGUUCCGCUCCGUCUCGCAGCCCGUCGCCCCAUCGUUCCCGUCGUCAUCCCAACCCUACGCACCCGUCCAAUCCAUCCAGACGCAGCUCGCACAGCCCAGCCAGCAGCCCCAAACAUCCUCCAACCCGGUGUGGAACGACCUCGCGCAACUCCAGGCGCCCGCGAUGAACUCCUCGCUCCCGCUGCAGUACGCGUCGCCCACGGGCACGCAGCCGAUGGGCAUCCCCAACACCUCCACCGGCCUCUCCGCGCCGAACCCGUACGGCGGGCUCUCCGUGAGCCCGAACGCGCCCUUCCCCUCCUCGUUCGGGCAGCAUCCGUCCCCAGGGGGCAUGUUCCCCGGCAGCCAGGCGCGGAGCAUGAGCCUCAACACCGGCAUGAGCAUGAACAUGGGCGCCGGCGGGAUGGGCUACGGCGCGGGCAUGCCCGGGGGCGCGUCGCCGUCGAUGCUGCACCCGCAGCCGACACAGUUCAACGGGUACGCGGGGACCUCGCCCAUGUCGAUGCACAACUCCACGCCGAGCCCGGGCCCGGGCGCGUUCGCUCCGCAGGGGCAGCAGCCCGGGAUGAACAUGGGCAUGGGUAUGGGCAUGCAGGGCUCGUUCGCGCCGUCCUCGUUCGGCGGCCAGCAGCCGGGCCAGCAGUUCCUUCAGCCGCAGCAGCAGCAGGCGAUGCAGCCGCAGGGCUCGUCGAUGUUCUCCUCGCAGCCGCUCCAGUAUGGGCAGAGCUCGCCGAUGUUACAGCCGCAGGCACUUGGCGGGCAGCACCAGCAGAUGCUCGGUGGGCAGCCGCAGAUGCAGGGCAUGGCGUCGGGGAACCCGUACAUGCAACAACCGCAACAGCAACAACAACAACAGCAGCAGCAGAUGUUCGGGUCGCAGCAGCCGUCGUUCAUGGGUGCGCCUGGCGGGCAGUUCGGGCAGCCUAGCGGGAUGCAGCAGCAGCAGCAACAGCCGAUGUACGGGCAGGGCGGCUGGCAGCAGCCACAGCAGCAGCAGUGGGGCGGAAUGUGAGGCGGAUCAAAGAUCAAGAGGCGAUUGUAUUGGACGUUGGACGGGGAUGUAGUUAUGUAGUAUGGACGCCUUCGACUCGCUAUCACGAUACUACUGUACACGGCGC